AUGAUUUUUGUGCCACUUGUGUCCAUCGUACAUUUGUUGUUAGUUGCAGUUGAACGAUUUGUUAAGAUUGUAUACCCUCUGCAUUAUCACAUGAUAGCUACGAGAUCCCGCGCAGUCAUCUUAAUUAUCUUCACUUGGUUAUUUCCCUUUUCUCCAUCAUCUGUGCUUUUAGUUUUACGUUCAUUACUAUUUCUUAAGAUGAAAAAAUGUGCGAUUCUAUCAAACAAAUAUUUUAUCAACAUUCUAAAUAACUUGAUUACUGAAGGCAUUGAGUUAAGGUGUAUAUGA